AUAUAACACGACUGCUCCACGCCAUUCUCCUCUCACUCGGAACUCGGAAAUAGUUCUCCAUCUCAACCUUCUCUUCUCCCUUCUCUUCUCUCCCGCGCGUUACCUCGAACCGGAAGCGAACUCUACAUCCAUCCUCGACCGAUGGAUCCAUGGGUCAGCAGCCAGCCUUCCCUUAGCCUCGACCUGCACGUCGGCCUCCCGCCGAUGGGGCACCCGCACCACCACCAGGCGGCGCCCAUGGUCGCGCUGGCCAAGCCCAAGGUCCUCGUCGAGGAGAACUUCAUGCAGCUCAAGAAGGACCCUGAGGUUGCGGUUCUUGAGUCUGAGCUACAGCGGGUGAGCGAGGAGAACCGGCGGCUGGGCGAGAUGCUCAGGGAGGUGGCCUCCAAGUACGAGGCCCUGCAGGGCCAGUUCACCGACAUGGUCACGGCCGGCGCCCACGCCGGCGGCAACAACAACAACUACAACAACCAGCCGUCCUCCGCGUCGGAGGGCGGGUCGGUGUCGCCGUCGAGGAAGCGCAAGAGCGAGGAGAGCCUCGGCACGCCGCCGCCCUCGCACCAGCAGCACUACGCCGCCGGCCUCGCGUACGCGGCGGCGCCGGACCAGGCGGAGUGCACGUCCGGCGAGCCGUGCAAGCGCAUCCGGGAGGAGUGCAAGCCCGUCGUCUCCAAGCGCUACGUCCACGCGGACCCCGCCGACCUCAGCCUGGUGGUCAAGGACGGGUACCAAUGGCGCAAGUACGGGCAGAAGGUGACCAAGGACAACCCCUGCCCCAGAGCCUACUUCCGGUGCUCCUUCGCCCCCGGCUGCCCCGUCAAGAAGAAGGUGCAGAGGAGCGCCGAGGACAAGACCAUACUCGUGGCGACGUACGAGGGCGAGCACAACCACUCCCAGCCCCCGCCGUCGCAGCCGCAGCAGCAGAACGACGGCUCCGGCGCGGGCAAGAACUCCGGGAAGCCGCCCCAGGCGCCGACCACGCCUCACCACCCGCAGCAGCACAAGCAGGAAGCGGCAGCGGCCGCCGUCAGCGGCGAGUCGGCCGCGGCGGCGUCCGAGCUUAUCCGGCGCAACCUGGCGGAGCAGAUGGCCAUGACGCUGACGAGGGACCCCAGCUUCAAGGCGGCGCUCGUCUCCGCGCUCUCCGGCCGGAUCCUCGAGCUAUCGCCGACCAGGGACAUCAAUUAAUCCCCACAUCAGAAGACACUGCGCGGCUCAAAUUUUCUUGCGGUGGUCGAUUACUUCGUUCGGCAUUGCUGCCUUCCUCUGCCGCCUCCGUCAAAACCUCAAAGAAAAACCAGCGAGGACCGGACUGCCUGACCGACGACGGAGACGCGAUCGGUUCCGGCGAGCCAGGAACGGAGCCACCGCCGCUGCUGCUCGUGUAAAUACAUCGCCAACACGAGGACGGCGUGGGAGGUCGUAACAUGUAAUGUACUCUAGUAGCUAGGAUAAUGCAGUCAGUCAUUCAGGAACACGCGAAAGUGUGCAAUCCUUUUUUCUUUUCCUUAUUACUAGGCGAAAUGUUCGUUCCAUAAUUUCCAUGGAACUCGAUUCGAUUCAAUGAGAAAAAUCAAAGUCACCGCACAUUCUCAGUUCAA